AUGAAUGAAAUCCACAAAGGCGGCAGAAAAUCGCGUAACUGGAAAUCGGGAGAAGAAAUUAAAAGCAAGAUUCUUCCAGCUAACUUUUCAGCUCCAUUUGUUAUUUUUGGGGGAACUAAAUCAGGAAGAAAAACUUUUGCCCUUCGCCUAGCAGACAUGAAUGCCGAUAAAUUGCCUGAAUACGAAGCUCAGCCGUUUUUCAGUUCUUUUCAUAUCUGGGCAGCUAGACCUGAAGAGACUCAUCGAACUGUUACUUUGCAUCUCAUGGCCUACAUUUAUCCGCCACCAGAAAAAGUUCAUAAGUCCUAUAAAGACCAAUGUAUGGCCAUGUUAGACAAGUUUUGUUGUCGAGUUUUUUUAUUUGACAUUACUAGUAGAGAGUCUUUUAACACUGCUAGAGACUAUAUGGUGCGAUAUGCUAAUAAUAGCCCAGUUCCAUGCUUUCUAGUUGGAAACAAAAGUGAUCUAAAGGUUUCUGUCCCACAACUGCAUAUAGUCACCAGAGAAUACAUAGAACAGACAAUUGACAUGACAAAUAUCAAAUUUUUUGAAUGUUCCGCCAAAACGAAGUUGAAUGUUCAGCCAGUCUUGGAAGCCAUACAAGAUUCUGUGAAUAAACGAAAAUAUCUGAUGCAAGUAUAA